AAAAAGAAAGAAAGAGAAAUAAUUCGUAGACCGAUCUGGUCUAAGUUGCAGAUUCGAUCGCCCAAACACCGCGAGUUGCUCCGAAAGCAGGGCCGAUAAAUCGGCGAUUUGAUCCGAAGAGGAGUUUUGAGCAAAUCAACAAUUCGUUCCAGUGAGGAACAAAGAUCAUGAUUCUGAUAGAAAUAUUCAUUGUGCCAAAUUAGUAGAGAUGCAUUUCUACUGUGGAUUUCUCUCAUCCCGCCACGCUGUGCUAUAAUCCAGGUUUUUGAGUUCAUACUUGGUCUUCCUUGACAGGAUCACUUGACUUAGGGUUAUGUUUCUCUGUUUCAAAGAUCUGUUCCCCUGCCCUAACUUGGAUUCAUUUCCUUUCUGCCUGAGUCAAGAAUUGAUGGAUGAUCGUGAAUCGUGAUCUUUGGUAAACUUUUAACUCGAAGCAUGGAGGAGGACAAUCGGCUUGAGCUUAGCUUGGGCUUGUCUUGUGGAGGAUCAUUGGUCAAGGACAAAGGUAAAAGUGUCUGUUCUGGUGAUGUUGGAACAGAAGAAACUGAUAGAGGCAGUAAAAUAAUUGAUGAUUUCAAGAAUUUCCUCCAAGGUGGCAAUCAGAGACAAGAUAUGAGUCCAGGUCUCUUGAGAAGUGACUCGAUGAAGGUUAAAGAAAAUUUUUUUAAUGACCUUUCCCGGGCUCAUAUAGAUGGAUAUAAUUCUAUGAAUUUGAAGGCCACUGGAGUCUGGGCAAUGAAAAAUGAGAACCGUGUAGAUAUCCAGGAAGAAAAACAGCCUGAGGUGGGUAAUAAACGAAAGAUAUUAUUUGAGGAGAUAAACGGCCAAAAGAAGCUUGAAGGAGAGUCUUGUCAGAACAAUGUAGAGAAGGCAAAAACAUCAUUUUUUUCCACAUACGAGGACGGUUCUGCAGCUGAAAUUGAGGAUGUAGGAGAGUCUGAACUUGAGGGUUCUACAUCAAAGCCAGUUUCACAAAAUGAUGGACAUUCUGAGUUAAGUACUACAGACUUGAGUGGGCAGAAGAAGUUCAACAGUUCAUCAAGUAGUGACCUUGAGCGUCAUAACUUAAACAGAAGCGUUCCGUUCUCUAUUCAAACUACAAGUAUGCGGAAUGGUAUUUAUCCAUCAAUAGUCAAGGAGUCUCACGAUGCUGGUGGAUCCAGUUCAACUGGUCAUUCUCUGCAUGGCACAAGGCAAGUUUUCCUCUCUGGAAGUGGUGUACAAUGUGAAGUCCAGCCUAUGAAUCCUGGGAACUUGCCUUUGAUGUUUGGCUAUUCUUCUAGCCAGCUUCCGACUUUAGAUAAAGAUAAUUCCUGGGGUUUGAUUUCCCAGGCGCAGUUGCAUAAUCCCUGUAGCAGAGGUCAAACUUCUUCAGGAAUUCUUCCUAAUUCAGCUGAGGCUACUCCAUAUGAUGCCAGGACGUUUGAACAAGACAAAACUGAUAGCAAACAGCCUAUCGUGGAAGAAGGGUCCUCUUCUCAAGCAGGGGAAAAGGGAAGCAGCGGUAGCCACGGAGCAAAAGACGCAUUUGAACGAUCGGCAGGAGGUUUGUUAAACGAAAUUUCUGCUAUAAGGCCAGGCCUCGCAGCAGAUGUCAAAUUUGGGGGAUGUGGUUCUUUCCCCAAUCUACCAUGGGUUUCUACCACUGGUCCAGGUCCAAAUGGUAGAACAAUUUCUGGUGUGACUUACAGAUACAAUGCAAACCUGAUCAAGAUUGUCUGUGCUUGCCAUGGUGUACACAUGUCUCCCGAGGACUUCGUUCGACAUGCUGGUGAAGAGUGUGUUGGUUCGGAAAAUGAAACUGGUUUGGCUCCAUUCUCAAAUAACAACAACCCUUCAUCCUCUGCACAAAACUGACACAACGUUUUAUCUUUUCAUAGUUAGGAAUACUCUUUUGGAUUGAAUUAAACAGCAUUCCCUGUAUUAUCCCCUUAGCACUUCUCAUCAUUUUUCCCCUUAGCACUUCUCAUCAUUUUUCUUGGUCACUUCUUUUUUACUGUCUCAAUCUUGAGAAACUGGGAAUUUUUUGUUUAAACUGAUUCAACUGACUUCUGUACAAGGUCUGAGAAUGACAGAAUUACAUUCUUGGAAGCUUUUCUGUUUAGUAUGACAUGAUAGCUGCUCAAAUGUUCUCAAC